AUGAAUUCAAACACUUCCUCUCUCUUUGGAGGGGGUGGUCUUGGGGGCGGUCUUGGUCUUGGGGCAUCAGCAGCUCCCCAGACCUCAAGUUUGUUUGGUACGAACAAUGCGACUACAAGUGCACCAGGAACUAGCACCUUUGGGACUACUCAGGGAGCUCAAAGCUCGCUUUUCGGUGCUUCCCAGGCUCAGCCACAGCCCGCCCAGCCUUCACUUUUAGGCCAGUCUUCCCUAGGCCAGACCCAAUCGCAAGCCAACCCCGGUCCAGCUCAAGCCGGGCUUUCAACUCAGACAACCCAGCCUGCAUUUUUCAACAGCUUACUGGAGCGUGGCAAGAAGCGACCUCUUCCCGGUGGCCAGAACGGUAACUUUGAAAAUGUUCCCAGUCUACAGCUCGGCCUGGAUGAUAUCCGCAGGAAGGCAAGGGAACUGGGCUCAGCUGGGAUCAGAGACCAUCAAUCAACAACAAAAGCUCAUUACCUACUUGCAUCAUCCGGUAUUACACCAGGACGCGCUCUCCGAGAUCUUCAAUCUCUUGACCCUCAAGCACCCCUAGCAGCUGCUCGAGAAAUCGACAGCUUCGAUCCAGAUAACCAGAGAUUCCUCCGGAACAUGCAGCAACGUGGCCGACAGGUGAUGGUUGCGGAGAGUCUCUCUCGGGCCCAGAGAGAUUUUGAUACGUUCUUAGAAGAGAAGGUGGACAUGGACUGGGAAGAGCAACGUCAGAAAAUCUUUGAACAUUUUGGUCUCUCCCAAAAGGAUAGUACGGACUCCGGAAGUCUGCGAGCCACGAAUCGCGGCGCUUUUGGUCGAACAGCAAGACAGUCCAAGCAGGCAGGUGCUACAAGCGGACCUGCUGCCUCUCGCAGAAGUGUCUUUGGACGCUCUGGUCUUGACAAAUCUGUCAUUGGAACACCCGGCUCUGGUAUGACGAACCGACAACUCUUUGAAGAGCCCGCCGAGCGCAAUGAAGGACUGAGUGCUUCUUCGCCUGACCUCAGGUUCCAGCGUGAGAAGAUGAGACAGUAUGCCGAUAAAGUGCAGCAGCUGAACGUCGCUCGCCUACGCGGUCAAACCUACCCUAUUUUCCAUCAGUUUUCGGAAGUUGAAGUUCGCACUGGCGGCGAUUCCCCGCAUCAGCUUUUCGCCGCAUAUCAAGCCUUGGCUAAGGUGGUGGGUGAGAAGCCUAGCAUUGCUAGCAUCUCAGAACCCGGUGCAGUCAAAGAGCGACAGUUUGUUGAUGACUAUCUCGAAGAAUCAAACAAUUCCCGCAAGGUCAUCAAUCUCAAGAAGAGGAUUCUUGAGGGCUCAAGAACAUUUCUCGAACAGAAAUUCUACGCCGACAUGGAAGAUAGCAUCGCCAAAAACCCACGCCAAGCGCAAUUGGGUGGUAUCCCGACAGUUAUCAACAAGAUCCGGGCUUACAUUCGCCUGCGCGCCUCGAGGAAAGACCUUGCACCUGAUGGGACCGAGCUUCAGCUGGUUGGUUCAGAUUACUGCUGGAUUCUGAUCUACUAUCUUCUCCGUUGUGGUUUUGUCAAAGAGGCUGCCGAGUAUGUCAGUCAGGAUCCUGGUUUUCGGUCAAUGGAUCACAAAUUCGUGACUUAUAUGACCACCUACGCGCAGAACCGCCGACUGCCUAGAGAUUUGCAACAAAAAAUCAAUGGCGAGUAUCAACAGCGUUCUCGGAACGCACCAGACAACACUGUCGACCCUUAUCGGAUGGCAUGCUACCUGAUCAUUGGCCGCUGUGAUUUGUCACGACGUCGUCUCCAUGAUGGAGUGAACCAGACUGUUGAGGAUUGGACUUGGUUGCAGUUCAGCCUUGCUCGUGAAGAUGAUCGUGCUGAAGAAGUGGCAGGCGAUGUCUUUGGCUUGGAAGAUAUUCAGACUGAUAUCAGUGAGAUUGGACAGAGAAUGUUCACCAAGGGCCAGGAUGCGACUGCUGGCUACGGAACAUACUUCUUCCUCCAGAUUUUGGGCGGCAUGUAUGAACAGGCCGUGUCUUAUUUGGGAACUUAUGCUCCUGUCACAGCUGUCCACUUUGCAAUUGCCCUGUCAUACUAUGGUCUUUUGCGAGUGUCUGACUUUUAUGUCUCCGGAGAGGAAGUUUUGUCAUUCACAGUCAAACAGUACCCUCAGAUCAAUUUCGGGUAUCUCAUCACCCAAUACACACGUGAAUUCCGCACUGGUUUCGUCGAGGCAGCCGUUGAUUACUUUACACUGAUUUGUCUUAACGCGGACCUUCCAGGCUCUCUGGGCAAAUCUCAAGCCUCUGUAUGCCACGAGGCAUUACGUGAGUUUAUUCUCGAGACCCGAGACUUCGCCAAACUUCUGGGCGAUAUGCGUUCCGAUGGUUCUCGCAUCAAGGGUAUUAUCGAGCAGCGUCUGGAUUUAAUUAAGCUGUCCGAUGAAGAGGACUUCUUGAAAAACAUUACAGACCAAGCUGCAGGUGUAGCAGAUGAUAAGGGUCUGGUCACUGAUGCGGUUCUCCUUUAUCACCUGGCGGAGCAUUAUGACCGUGUGAUCGAAAUCAUCAAUAGGGCUCUGUCGGACGCAAUCGCGGUUGAGCUGGGUGGUACUAUGCAAAAGCUGCAGCCCCUUCGUCCUCGGAAUCCCCCGUCCAACGAUGCGUUCGGCGUCGUGGAGCCAGAGAGCAGUCUCAGCUUGACGAGCGUGGAUGAUCCCGUCGUCCUAGCAAAGACCAUGCUCAUUCUUUACAACUCUAAGCCGAUGUACUAUGAGAAAAUUCGCGCAGUCGAGCGGGACACCUGCGGGUUACUUAUCUGCAUGAUGGAUGCCAAAAUUGAAGUUGAGGCCGGCCGGUGGGCACCAGCACUUGAUGCCAUUGACCUCUUGGGUGUUCUUCCAUUACAAGCACAUGGUUCCAUGCCACUCAUCCGGAGUGCGGCCCAGUCAUUCUCUGGCUUCCCGGAGAUUAUUUCACGUAAUGUCGGGCACGUCAUCAUGUGGUGCAUUGCUUGCAUUGGUAAUGAGCGCCAGCGACAAACUUCUGGCCCCUAUGAGACUGACAUGCACGCGGGCUUUGCGGACCGACUGCUCAGUAUGGCCAAAGAUCUUAUGAUCUUUUCCGGUAUGGUGAAAUACAAAUUGCCGCCUAAGGUCUACGAGGCAUUGGCUCGAGCUGCAGCAGAUAUUGGCGCUUAUUAG